AUGGAUCAUCGGAGUCCCCCUCACUCCCAAAUGAUGUUGAAAAAGGAAGGGUCAAUUGUGAAAUCUCAACCCAGCAGCUAUCAUCAAUACCAGAAAUCCUCAGAGAAGCCUAAUCAAAUCCCUUUGCAAAGCAAUAACCUCUUUGAACAUCAACAAAAUAAGUUGCAGGGAGAGAGUACUGCCUCAGUUAGGAGACCCUCCUUGUCACUUCCUCCUAAAGAAAAUCAGGAUCAAGCAGGUGGUUGUAAUUCAUUCAGUACUUCUCCGGUUACACAGCUGAGCUUCUUUCCUCAGCAAGGAAAGCAAUCUCCAAGAAUUUCCUCUGGAAAUGUUUCCACUACCUAUGGUGAUUCUCCUUCAACUAGCCCCGUGCUCUCGAGUAAAACACGAAUUCGAUGGAAUCAAGAUCUUCACGAGAAGUUCGUUGAAUGUGUAAAUCGCCUUGGGGGCGCUGACAAAGCAACACCUAAGGCAAUACUGAAGAUGAUGUGCUUGGAUGGAUUAACCAUCUUUCAUGUUAAAAGUCAUCUGCAGAAAUAUCGAAUCGCAAAAUAUCUGCCAGACACUGCAGAAGGAAAAUCUGAGAAAAGAACAACUUUGAAUGUCGAACCCCAGCUCGAUAUGAAAACUGGCUUGCAAAUCAAAGAGGCGCUGCAACUGCAACUAGAUGUCCAGAGGCGUCUUCAUGAACAGUUAGAGAUUCAGCGAAAUUUACAGGUGCGGAUCGAAGAACAAGGGAAGCAGCUCAAGAAGAUGUUUGAUCUGCAACAAAAAACAAGUAAUGACCUGUUUAAGACUCAGAACUUGGACAUCACAUGCCAUGAAGAUGCCCCGUCAGAUAGUCUAAAUGCCAUUCAGGUCUCAAGCCCUGAAGAUUCUGGGAAUAGCAAUUUCCCAUCCAAGAUAAGUUAGUCCAAAAAAGUAAAAUUUUCAGGCAUUCUCAGACAUAAGUGCUCAUUUGGUUAAAAAGUCCCAAACCAACAAAGCUCAGUCCCUUAACAGAAUCAAGAACACCUCAAAUGCUACUAUACUAGGUAAGAAAGCAAAGGAGAACAAGAAGAUGAGAUCAAUUAGAAAGGAUAUGAUCCUAUAGAUAUGACAUGACUCUUGUUAUUUUCAUAAAGCUUAUUGUGUGGCAGUAUUGUAACAAUGGCUUAUUGUUUCCCUCAAGUUCUCAUGCUUUCCAUGUAAUCUACUUAAAUUUUGUACUGUGAAAU